AUGUCGUAUAAAUUUAAGCUCGAACUCGAUAAUAACAGUAUAGAUUGUAGUAUAACAAUCAUUAACGAGGGAGAAAUGAAAAUAGAAGCGAAUGAUCCUAUUAACUAUCAAAGAUGGCAAGGAUUAAUUGGCGUAGAUUAUUUUAAUAAGCUUGCAAGCAAAACUGUCAUCAGAGACCCGAAGGGAUGUGCUAAAAUCGUUAAAGAUUCACUUGAAUUAAAAAUCGGAUGCGAUAUCAAACUUAAAUAUGCAAAAGAUUUUGAACAGACAGAAACUAUAACAGACGCAUUACUACUCAUCAUUAGUAUCAACAAAUACGUCAAUAUUAAUUUGCCUUUUCUUCUUUUACCCAAACCAUAUUCAAUGCAAGAAUUAGUCGACAUUAUCAAAGAUUUAAAGAAAAAUCAAGGAUCAGGACUUGCUGCUGAAAACAAAAUCAUACAAAAACAGUUAUACGAACAAGCGCAAGCAUUCUUCGUCGAAAAACAAGAUUUAAAUAAUCAAAUUCAAAAGCUACAGCAAGAAAACAAAGACUUAAAGGAAGAGCUAUCUAAGAAAGAAAAACUUAUUCGAACACUUCAAGAACCAAUACACACCAAAGCACAGACAUCUACAUAUACAAACAGACGAUCAGCAAGUCCUAGAUCAAAUUCACUUGUUGAACGUCAAAAGCAACUCGAAAGAAGCAGACAGAACACAACAACUCAUACUAGACAGAUAUCAGGACCAUAUAAAACUAAACGCUCUGAAUCUGCAAAUUCGAGAAGUUCUUCUGCAAGAAAUUCGGCCAGAAAUUCUGCAAGGAGCUCAGCUGCUGCUUCAAGAAAUAAUUCUGUUGUUAAUUCUCGUAAUUCAUCAAGAAAUAACUCCGUUAAUAGUUCGAGAAGAAAUUCAGCCGCAAAUUCAUCAAACAGCUCUAGAAAUUCAUCUGCAAGAUCUUCCAGAAGCUCAACACCAACGCAUUCACGUCCAUCAUCGCGUAGUGGCAAUAUUCCAUUCAAGAGAUUCGAUCCAACUGAAUGGAAACGCCAAAAAGAUUCAGCAAGAAGAUCAGCAUCUCCUGCAAGGAAGAGUUUUUAUUGA